CCUUUGCAUGCCUUGUGGGUAGAAAUAUUUGAUGAGUCCUCUAGGGGCCCUUGGGACCUUGGGCUAUGAGGACCAGGAGCAUUAGAGGACUGUGCCCCUUCUCCCCACUAUAGAUUGAAGUAAAGCCCUUGGUCAAGUUCACCAGUAGGGAGUUCAGCUUGAAGAGGAUGCUGUCCCGAAAACAGACAGGGGUCUUCGGAGUCAAGAUUGCUGUGGUCACCAAGAGAGAGAGGUCCAAGGUGCCUUACAUCGUGUGCCAGUGUGUGGAGGAGAUCGAGCGCCGCGGCACGGAGGAGGUGGGCAUCUAUCGCGUGUCCAGAGUGGCCACGGACAUCCAGGCACUGAAGGCAGCUUUCGACGUCAAUAACAAGGAUGUGUCGGUGAUGACGAGCGAGAUGGACGUGAACGCCAUCACAGGCACGCCGAAGCUGUACUUCCGUGAGCUGCCGGAACCCCUCUUCACUGACGAGUUCUACCCCAACUUUGCGGAGGGCAUCGCUCUUUCAGACCCGGUUGCAAAGGAGAGCUGCAUGCUCAACCUGCUGCUGUCCCUGCCGGAGGCCAACCUGCUCCCCUUCCUUUUCCUUCUGGACCACCUGAAAAGGGCCCCAGGGCUGAUGGUUGCUUUGGGUCUACAGCUACGUCUUACCCGCCUCCUGGCUCAAAGCCUGUGUGGUGGCAAAGCCGGUGCGGGGCUGGGGAACGCGGCGUUCUCCAGGAGGAGGACCCGCUCUCCUUCUGCAAUGCAGGCAAAGGCCUAG